AUGUUGGACCGGUUACGCGCGCUUACUCAAUCGAGAAGUACUCUUCAACAACCACUUGAAGAGGAAGAACCGAAUAGUAAAGAAGAGCAAAGAGAAGAAUGGGAUCGACCAAUUGAAUUUAUUCUUUCAUUAGUUGGUUGUUCUGUUGGUCUAGGUAAUGUAUGGAGAUAUCCUUACAUUGCAUUUAAAAAUGGUGGUGGUGCUUUUCUUAUACCAUAUUUUUGUGUGUAUUUUCUGGUUGGAACACCACUUUAUUUUCUUGAAUUAUCACUUGGUCAAUUUACUAGUCGUGGUACUACAGCUGCUUUUAAAAUGUCACGUAUGUUUAAAGGAGUUGGUUGGGCAAUGGCAAUUAAUGCAUUCCUUGUCACAGUCUAUUAUAAUAUAAUUAUUGCUUGGUGUCUAUUUUAUUUUUUUGCUUCAUUUCGACGAAAACUUCCAUGGAGUGAUUGUGACAAUUGGUGGAAUACAGAAAGUUGUUCAAAUCCAGAUACAUCAAAGAAUUCAACAAUAAAUUAUCUUUGUCUUUCAACUAAUCCAAUAAAUAAUUGUUCAUUACCUACAUCACCACCUGAAGAAUAUUUUGAUAAUUAUGUUUUACGACGAAGUAAUUCAUUAGAAGCAAUGGGUUCUCCACAUUGGUCUCUUGCAUUAUGUUUACUGUUAGCAUGGAUACUUGUUGCUGCUUGUAUUAUUCAAGGCAUCAAAUCAUCUGGAAAAGUAGUUUAUUUUACUUCAUUAUUUCCUUAUGUUGUAAUUUUUGCUUUGGUUAUUCGUGGUUUAACAUUACCAGGUGCUGCAAAUGGAAUUUCAUUUUAUUUAAAACCAAAUUGGACUAAAGUUCGAGAAUUUGAUGUUUGGAUCGCAGCUGCUUCUCAAGUUACUUUUUCUCUAUCAGUAGGAUUUGGUUCCAUACUUGGUUAUGCUAGUUUUAAUAAAUUUAAAUCCAAUUAUCUUAGAGAUUGUAUAAUUGUCACUGCUUGUGAUUGUUUUACUUCGGUAUUUGCGGGUUUUGCUGUUUUUCCUAUUCUUGGUUUUAUGUCAUAUAAAACAGGUUUACCUGUUGAUCAAGUAGCUAAAGCUGGACCAGGUUUAGCAUUUAUUGCUUAUCCACAAGCACUAUCAAUUAUGCCUGGUGGUCCAUUUUGGGCAGUGAUAUUUUUUUUUAUGUUAUUAACACUUGGUCUCGAUUCUCAGUUUGCACUUUCUGAUGUAACAAUAUCCGGUAUACUAGAUACUUUCACUAAUCUACGACGUUAUAAAACAUUUGUUAUCCUUGGAUAUUGUGCUGUUUGUUUUUUAUUAGCACUUCCUAUGUGUGCACCGGGUGGAAUUUAUUUAUUCACAUUAAUGAAUGAAUAUUCAUCGAAUUUAUCAGUAAUUGUUUGUGCAUUCUUUGAAUUUAUUAUUAUUGCUUACAUUUAUGGUUUUAAUAAAUUUAUGGAAGAUAUUCGAAUGAUGUUGGAUAAACGACCACUUGAACCUUAUUGGUUUUUAACUUGGUGUAUAUCAGGCCCAAUAAUUACUCUUAUUGUUUUCUUUUCAUCAAUAAUACAAUUUCGAGCACCAACCGAAGGAAAAUAUGUAUUUUCAACAUAUGCUAAUGUUCUCGGUUGGCUUAUGGUUAGUUCAUCAAUUAUAUUUAUUCCAGGUGUGAUGAUCUAUGAAUUUAUUAAAGCAUGGAAAGCAACGUAUCGUUACGAAAAUCAAAUGUCGAUUGAGAUGCCGCAUUACUUACGAAUGUUAACAUAUGCAAGUCAACCGGAUAAAGAUUGGGGACCAGCCAGAAAAGAAACUCGAUAUGGUCGAUAUGAAGUAAUGAAUCAAACAAUUGAAAAUGAUACAAAACUGAACAAUGAAUCGAUUAUUAUUAAUAAUGAAAAUGUUAAUGAAGCUUUUGACCCUGAACUUGAGAUGACUUCACGAUUUUAA